AUGUUUUUCAAAAACAUAUUACUCCCUUUAAUUCUCAUCUCAACAUGCACCGCAUUCUCCGCCAAAUCCGACGCGGAAAAUCUCCGCAAAGCAAUGAAACCCUGGUUUUCAAACGAUGAAGACACAAUAAUUCAAAUACUGUGCAGAAGAACUCAUCAACAACGCCGUGAAAUUUUCAACUAUUACCGUCAACAUUUCGGAAUCGAUUUGAUUUCUAAACUGAAAAAUGAGUUGAGUGGAGGUCUUGAAACUCUUCUAACCGGUUUGCUGGAAAUUCCAGCAAAAUAUGAUGCAAAGUUACUGUAUGAUGCGAUGUUUGGGAAAGGGACGGAUGAUCAAUUAUUGAUUGAAAUCAUGGUUUCAAGAUCGAAUAAGGAAUUGGAAGAGAUCAGAAAUUAUUUUGAAGAAGUUUACCCGCAUAGUUUGGAAUAUUCUUUGAAUGGUGAUACUUCGGGUGAUUUUAGAACUAUUAUUAUGUCCUUAGCUGCUGGGAAUCGGGAUGAAUCUACAGUAACCGGUGAGUGAGUUUUGGGGUUCAAGAGGAUCAUUGUGAUACCAGUACUGUAGAUCUCUUUGAAACCUGGAGAAGAGCAUUUUGAUAUCAAACAAGCUAAGGAUGUCUUAAAUAUCUUGCUACAGUAUCCCAUGUCCCUUUAAAAAGUACGGUAUCUAUUUUCAGAUUCAAAUCAAGCACGAGAAGAUGCUAUAAGACUCUACAAUUAUGGAGGACUAGAAUACGACAAAAUCCUAUCCAGCCGAAGCCACGCCCAACUUCGUCUAAUUUUCGAAGAGUUCCAAAAACUCGCCAACAAACCGCUUGAAGAUACGCUAACUUCAACAUUCAAUAAUCACGAUUCAACCCUUCAACAAUUGAUUCAAUGUGUGAAAAGUAGAUCAAAAUAUUUCCGGCAGCAACUUGAGCAAAGUGCAAGUGGAUUUUUUGAGGAAAACCGGUUUAUUCGCAUUUUUGUUAGCCAGGAGCAACAUUUACGUGAAAUUGGAGAGAAAUUUGGCGGGAAAAUGGCUUUUGAAUAUUGGAUUGGCAAACAAGUUAGCGGAAAUUUGCAUAAGGCUUUGAUAACUCUUGUGAGAUUUUGGUGGGAUUUGUAAUUUAAUAAAGAAUAUUAUUUCAUGUUCCUUUAAAGUACUGUAGAUGAGGAUCAAUAUGAUACCAAAUACUUACAAUUAGAAAGAAAAUGCAUCACAGGGACUAGAGCAAUUGCGCUCUAAUGAUAAAAUUUUCAAAAAAAUAAAACAUCUCUGACAAAGGUACAUUCAUUUCUAUAGCAACGGCUCAACAAAAGCUAAUCUCAUAUCAAUUUUCCAUUAUUUAAGAGGCUCUUUUGUUUAUUGUCCCUUUAAAUCUCGCUACCUCUACAGUACCCAAUGCACCUUUAAAGUACUGAAGAUCGCUUUGGGACCCAGAGAGGAUUAUUUUGAUAUCAAACACUAUAGGAUUACUGUACUGAUAGUUCAGAAGCGCAAAUAGAUCAAAUUUUUUAUUCGAAAAAAGCGAGUCUUUGGCUCUUUAAAACUACAGUACCCCAUGUUCCUUUAAGUAGAGCACUGCCAAUCGAUAUUCUUAAUCUCCUGCAUGUUUUUUUUUCAUAAACAAAGCUCUGAUAAAAGUAUAUUUCUAUAGCAACGGCUCAACAAAAAGAUAAUCUCAUAUCAAACAAAUUUUUUUCACACUUUUAUUUAUUUUUUUUUUUCUGAGUAUGAGUUUUUGUGCUGUUGUAGUACUCCUUUAAAGUACUGUAUAUUCAUGUGUGUGCUCCAUUUUAAUUUGAAAAUAUUUAAAGGAGCUACAGUAAUUUUUUCAGAAUGCCUCAAAAACCCAAAUUCUCCCGCAGAACGUUGUUUUUGAGUUUGACCGAAAAAAUGGGCCGAGUUCAAAAAUUUUCUCAUGAAGAUUUUCAAAAAGCAGCAGCAAAAACCACAGGAUUUGGAAAAAGCUGCAGAAAUUCAUGAACUUCAAAUUGAAGUUCCAGAAAAGAUCGCAGAACCAUCUUUAAAAAUCGAGAUCAGUCCCGAUCCAAAGUUCGAACCUUCGAAAAAUAUCAAAGUUCGCGAGUUUUCGCAUAACGAUUCAAUGGCGAUGCACACUGAAGAUUGGCUCACUGCGGAGCAAUUUUUGAGUUACACUGCUCAUUAUGUUUCGAUGCCGAUGGGUUUUAUGACAGAGGAAAAUAUUGCGGACAUUUUGAAGUCGUAUCAAGAUGGAACUCUUGGAAAAUCGAUUAUUCAUUGGACUUUUAAAAUUGAACCUCACAAUAAUUUUGAUCCGAAAAAACUUUGGCAACUUCUUGGAUCCGAUGAAACUGAGGAUUUGUGAGUUAGAAGCCUUCUGAAGCCUUCUGAAGCUUUUUGGAAUCCACCAAGAGCUUUUGAAGCCUUCUGAAGCCUUCUGAAGCCUCUUGAAGCCUGGUAAAGCCUUCUGAAGCCUUGGGUAGCUUUCUGAAGCCUUCUGAAGCUUUCUGAAGCCUCCUGAAGCCUCCUGAAGCCCUUUGAAGCCUUCUGAAGCCUGCUGAAGCCUCUUGAAGCCUGGUAAAGCCUUCUUGAGCCUUCAGAAGCCUUCCAGAAACCCCCAGAUGUUUCUGAAGCCCCCAGAUGCCUCCAAAAGCAUCUGGAAGCCUCUAGAAGUCCUCGUAACCCCCAGGAAUUUUUCUAAAGCCAUUUGAAGCUUUCUAAAGCCCCCUGAAGCCUAAUUAUCGAUUUUUCAGCGACAAAAUGUUGCCGGUCCGUCACAACUCCUUGAAAGGAAGAAUGGUACUUGUCAAUAUCAGAGACAAUUUUUUGGGCAUCAGAGGAUUCUACAAAUAA